AUGGAGAAAAGGAUGGGACCCACGAAUGGAGUAGGUUUUGAGGAAGGAGCGAGAAGAUACUUAUCCAUCGGUUCUUUUCCAGAAGAGCUUACUGCCAGCUCUAAAACAUUAGUACUGCGUAAGAGGUUACAGCACAGAGUUGAUAUAUUGAGGAGAUGUGUGCAUGCACUCGAUGCCAAGUCCUUGAUAGCUUUCAUGAAUUGUACUAAACAACUAAAAGAUGCUGUCUUCAAGCUGGAUGCCCGUGGGAUAAAAGCUGCAGAGCUUCAUGGAGACCUUGGCAAACUUGCAAGACCGACAAUUUCAAAGAAAUUCAAGAAUGGGCAGGUGAGAGUACUGGUGACAAACGAGCUUUCAGCCAAAAGUUUGGAUGGGUCAGAAAUGUGAUCUUGUGGUUAAUCUAGAUUUAACCACAAACUCAAUUCGCUAUGUACAUCGAGACAGCCGAACUGGUCGGCUUGGCAGGAAGGGUACCGUGG